AUGGAUGAUAAUCUAUGUGGACAAAUUGAUUUUUUGAGGAAGUAUUUACCUGAUGAUUCGGGCAAUACUAAACCACUUGAUUUUUAUGGAUAUGAGCGUUUCGAAAAUUACUGUCCUAGUAAAAACUGUCAUAAUGAUAUCGAAAAAAUUACGAUUGGAUUUUUAUGGUUACUUGAACAAUAUUUUACUGAAUACCCACCUAAAGGUAAUACUAUAGGCGAUGCCAAACCAUUUUUUCUAUAUAUUAUUUUAUGGUUAAGUUACAAAUUAAAUCAAAACACAGAGGAAACGUUCACCACAAUAAACGAUUUUUAUACUGAUCAUAUAAAAAAUGGUGGUAAAUAUAGUAAUUUUAAUAAGGAUUCCAAUAGAUUUCCAUUUCUUGAGGAAUUCAUAGAAAAAAAUAAAGAUUUGUUGAAUAUUGAUAUUAAAGAUCUUUCUAAAUUUUAUGAUGCAUCCAAAUUAAUAUGUAGUAUGCAUGCUAAUAAAUCCAUGAAUACAGAUGGCAACAAACUGUUAAAUGAUGCUACUAUGUUUGUUAAAACAUAUGCAGAGCUCAAAGGUGGCAGUAAUACUGAAGAUACCUCAAAUAAUCAAAUAUUGCCUGCUUUAUCAGCUGAUUAUAAUAAUAUAAAAGAGAAAUUUAAACAUAUCCAAACUAUUCCAGAGAUAACAGCAGACGUUUCUGCACUAAUAUCUAGAGUUACAUCAUCAAGUUCGUCGACAGGAAACAAAUUAUUUACAGUUUUAUCGAUAUUUGGUGCAAUAGCAUUUUUUUUAGGAAUUUCUUAUAAGUAUUCGUUAUUUGGAUUUCGGAAACGAGCUAAAAAACAAUAUUUAAGAGAAAAAAUAAAAAAUAUAAAGAAGAAAAUGAAUCGUUAA